AUGCCGGGUAAUGUGGUGGCCAUCUUAAUUCUUGGAUGGCAUGGGUCAGCUACGAAGUACGUGACGACGAGAAAUGUAGUUAUUUUGCCUAUUAUAAUAGGAUUUUAAUUCACUCAACGAUGUGCAGUUAGUCCGGGUUCGAAAUUCUUCAGAAAUUUUUUGCCACCAUGGAUGCUGUGAAAGCGUUUAACGCCGAGCUUUCAUCGUUGUACGAUGUUAAGCCGCCGAUUUCUAAGGCCAAGAUGAACUCCCUCACUCGGGGAGCUAUAAAGGCCAUUAAAUUCUACAAACAUGUCGUUCAGAGUGUAGAAAAAUUUAUACAAAAAUGUAAGCCGGAGUACAAAGUUCCUGGGCUUUACGUGAUAGACUCGAUCGUUCGUCAAUCUCGGCAUCAGUUUGGGGUUGAAAAAGACGUUUUUGCACCUAGAUUUGCCAAAAACAUGCAGAUUACAUUUCUCAACCUCCUGAAAUGCCCUCCUGAGGACAAAAGCAAAGUCAUACGUGUGCUCAACCUCUGGCAGAAAAACGCUGUUUUUCCUGCAGAAGUUAUCCAACCCCUCUUCGAUCUUGCUGAUCCAAAUCAUCCUAUACACAAGGAACAGCCUCCCAAUAGCAACGGUACUAUAAACGCUACGUUAGCGAGUAACUUGAGUUCCAUCAGUGCUGUGACUAAAACUCCGCCUUCUGGAGUUAAAAAUACGCCCAAAGAUCAGAAGAUGUUUUCCUCCUCAAAGUCUAUCGAUCCGGCUUGGCUUGCACAAACGAAAAUGGAGACUGCGAACAUCGCAAAUGCAAAUAAACUAAUGGGACAAGGAGGUACAAACCAAGUAGACGUGUCUUUGCUAGCUCAGCUCCAGCACUUGCAGCAGUUAUUACUGAAGAAGCAAGAAGCUGCCGCGAAUGAAAAUCAAGCCUCCGUAAAGUUUGACAAAAAACUUCUCGACUUUGACUAUGGCGAAGAAGAAGACGACGAUUUAAUCAUGGGUAGCUCUCCCACAACGACGCAGUCAAACUCCGGGCAGCUCAAUUCGGGGGCUGCGGGAAGCAGUCUGGAAGGAUUGGGUACUCUCCUCACUAAUCCUGAGGUGUUGAAACAACUGCAGACGCUUCAACAGACUAUGCAGGGGGGUAACGCGGCGCCGACACAGCAUGAGAUGGAAGAAAAAAUGCGUAAAUUACAGCAGAUGAAACAGCAAGAGGAUGAAUUUGACAAACAUUUGGCCCAAACAGUUCCUAGUCUACCAUUUGCUUCGGAGUGCGAGUUGAAGCCUUCCGACAUUCUGAAACCAUCUCAGCAAAGCGUUUACAACACCGGUGGAAACUUUGCCAUGAACGCAGGAGUGAUGCAGCAGGAUAUGAGCCAGCCGCCACCUGGUUAUCCUCCUGCUUUACCGUACGCCACUCAACCUCCACAGAGUAUCAGAUCGACGCCACAAGUAGCCCUUCAGAAUGCUAAAAGUCCCUUAAUCGACGAAAGGCCAGAUUCCAUAGAUUUUCAAGGUCCCGCACCUGCUAGGCGGGAUAGCAGCAGCGUGGAAAUAGUAAAUUGCGAAAAUAUCAGAUCCCAAAGUGGAUCACCGGACAGAUAUAGAAGGCGCAGUCGGUCCAGAUCGCCGCGACAUAGAGACAGAGACAGAAAUCGUGAGAGGGAUAAAGAUAGGGACAGGAAGUCUCGAUCACCAAGCAGAUCCAGACGUAGAAGGUCGCGAUCGAGAGACAGAGAUCGUGAAAGGAAGCGUGAUGAUAGCCGGGAUAAAAUGUCGGAAGAGGAAAGAGAGAAACAGAGAGAACGGAGAAAAAGAGGAUUGCCACCGAUCAUGCGAGACAAGCUCAGUGUUUGUAGCACGACGCUUUGGGUCGGCCAUCUGUCAAAAUUGGUUCAUCAAGAAGAACUUUCCGAUACGUUUGGAGAAUUCGGAGAUAUCGUCAGUAUAGACUUGAUAUCCCCUCGAGGCUGCGCUUUCAUUUGUAUGAACCGACGUCAAGACGCUUACAGAGCUCUGACCAAACUCAAGAGUCAUAAAAUGCAGGGAAAAGCGAUAACGCUCGCUUGGGCUCCGGGCAAGGGGGUCAAGGGGAAGGAGUGGAAGGACUACUGGGAAGUUGAACUAGGUGUCAGCUACAUACCUUGGAAUAAAUUGAACAACGUCACAGACCAUGACCUCGAAUUAUUGGAGGAAGGUGGUAUGAUUGAUGAAGACACCCUGCCUCCGAGAUUGAAAGGUAAGCUUAAGCACGCCGUUGUAAAUGCUGAGACCAUACAACCUCAGUUACAUCUUCAACAACAGGCAGCUUUAGCUGCAGCCGGUGUUGGUGGCACGCCUAUUCCUACACUGACCGACGGUAUCGUCAAUGUAAUGGGAUCUGACGGCGCACCACAACAACAGCAGCAGUUGGUAGAUACCAGUCAGCCUCCUCCGAUAAGACCAUCUACUACAGCCGCUCUUCUCGCACCGCCUAAUGCUCAACUACAAAUGAUGCCUCCUGGAUUUUCUCUUACCGGAGUCACCCGCAUGAUCGGCACCAUGGGACUUCAAAUGCCGCAUGGUCUGAUGCCCAACGUACCUAUAGGCGUUCCUCCUCCGAACAUGCAGGGUCUUUUGGGACCGGGGAUGAUGCAAACCAUGCUGAAUCCUCCGGUUAAUUCACCCUUUGGAUCAGGAGUUGGCGUCGGAUUGCUCGCGCAGAUUCCUCUUCCCGCACCCGCAGCACCAUCCGACAAACCUAGUGCGACUGGUAUGCCGCACAACGUUCCUCCAAUGGGAGUACCUCCGCCGACUUCAGAAGCGAAUUUAGCGAACCUGCCGAUGCUGAGGCAACCGUUUGGCAUGGGCCCACCGCCUCCGCAAAUGCAGAUGCACGUAUCGCAGCAACAACAACAACAGCAGCAACAACAACAGCAGCAGCAUCAUCAUUCGGCGGAUGACAUGGACGUUGAAAUGGAGGAUGUUAUGCCGCAAAACACGAUGAGCAUGUCCAAAGACAAGCCGAACUUGAGCGACCAGCUUCUAGCAGUAAUGGGAAAGGGCCCUCUGCACAACGAUAACAGGCUCGACGACGACGGCAUGGGCCGUGAUGUCAGAGGCGAUAGAAACAGGGAACGAAAUGAACGAGAUCGUGAUAGAGAAAGGCGCGAGAGGGGUGAUCGCGACAGAAAUGAUCGUGACGACUCGAGCGAUUCUAGGAACGAGAGAGGAAGAGAUCGAGGUAGAGGGAGAGAUCGAGGCCGUGACAGGCGCAGGGAUAGAGACAGGGGUGACGAACGGAGGGAAAGAGGCGACAGAGACAGCAGGGACGGCAGUGUGAGACCCGAUGGCGGAGUCGGAAGCCUGAUGCCAAAUCAAAACGCCAUGGACAGCGACGGGCCUUCGAAAAAAGACCUCAAACCGAGCCUGGCUGACAGGCUACGGCAACUCGCGGACGGGACUCUCCCUCUGGAUGACAGAAUCGACAGGAGUAACAGGAUCGACAGAAGCGAUCGCGACCGAACCGACAGAGUCUACGAGGACGGUCUUGGGGGACGCAGACCUGGCGAUUUACCACCCUCGUUAAUGGACCUUCCCAAAUUUCCGGGCGUUCCGCAAGACAGAACAGACUUUGGCCCAAGAGGCCCCGACUUCAGAGGCCCACUGCAAGAUCCCAGGGACUAUCCCCCUAGAGGCCCUAGCGACAGGGACAGACCAAAUUUCGGAGGUAGAGGUCCGAUCGGACUCCCCAGAGGUCCCAUGGACGAUUUUGCCGAUCCCAGAAUGCACGGCGGAAGAUUUCCCGACGAAUUUGACGCCCGAAUGGGACCAAGUGGGCCGCGACUCGAGGAUUUCAAUCCCAGAAUAGGGCCUACGAGAGAUGAUUUCGACCGUCCUGACAUGCGCGGACGUCAUCCGAUGGACGAUUACGAGAUGGAGUACUACGAGUAUGAAAUGAGACAACGAGAAGCUGGAUUUGAUCCAAGAAUUGCAGACGGAUUUGACCCACGAAUCGCGGAUGGAUUUGACCCAAGAGGACAUCCCGACCACCCAGAUUUUGAUCCUAGAAGAAGAGAGUUCUUCGGGGGACCUAUGGACCCUGGAUUUGGUCUUCCCCCCAUGAUGGGACCCAGAGGACCUCGUGGACCUAUGGGACCCGAAGGAUUUGGUUCCAGAGGACCUGGAAUUGGACCGAGAGGACACGGCCCUCCCAUGUUCCACCCUCGCGGCAUGGGACCCAGAGGUAUGAGACCCGGAAUGCGGGCUCCCUUUGGGCCCCGAGGUCCACCAUUUGACCCUAGAGAAGGAGAUCCCUUUUUCGGCCCACCAUUCGACGAUCCCCGAGGUCCCGCUGGCCCGCCACAUCCCAGAGGGCAAUUUGGACCACUCGGCCCUCCGGUUCCAGGGCCUGAUGGCCCGUGGAGAAGCGCGGAAAAUGGCCCUCCCGGUUCGUGGCAAUCCGAAGAGCCAGAGAAUGGAAUAGAACACAAUUUAUCCGACGAUCGUGAUCAGCCAGAAGAUGAUGCGGGCGUUACGUCUCAGGAAUCGCACAAGGGGCAAUCGGACCGUGAGAGUCGUAAUAGAAGCAGAAAAUCGAGGUGGGGAAAUGUCAGCCCACCUCCGGCAGAUCACACAUUCAUCGAAGAACGGUCUAUAUUCGUAGAAGGAGAAAACGAGUCGGAUAAUCCUAAUCGCGAACCUAAUGCCAUAGGAAAGUUUGCGAGUAAUGUGAAGGAAAAUUUAAAUGAAUUUGACGAACUUCCUGAGCAUGGAUCAGAUGGAGUCGACAGAGAUAUCGGGACGCAGGUUAGUGGCGAACAUAGUAAUAAAUUAGAGUCGAGAGUGGUUAAGGAAACAGAAGAACCGCAAGAAUUCACAAACGAAGAAGCAAACCAUAGUGAGGAAAGUCGAACAGAUGUGAAAAAGGAAAUUAUACCAGAAGUGCGAGUCAACGAAACACCUGCUGAAGUUGAACCUGAAACGGAAGCAAAAGAGGUAUUUGUAAAACCAGAAAGAAAGUUCAAUGAUCAGAAAGAGUUUUGUCAAUCAGAGAGCAAUCAGUUAGAUUCAGCGGAUCAGAUUGGCAGAGAUGUAGAUGCGGAUCGGAACGAAUCCAAACUUGAGUCAGAACAAAGUUCGAUCGAUCCCGAACCACCAGCUGAGCAGGAAAAUCCGCUAAUUGACACCGUCGAUCCUGUAUCUAUAAAAUCAGAGUCUGAAGGUCUCUGGGAAUGACCAAAGUAAAUUCUUAAAGAAAUAACAAAACAAAAAAUGAAUGAUACUAAUUAAUGAUGAAUUGGACUUUCUCAGUGUAGGAAGACGGAAAUUCAAUCGAAAAGCCACGCGAAGGUCUCUAAUGCAAAACACCAUUUGUAUAUAUGUCGAUGUAAUCUAAUCAUGAAGUGUGGUAUUCAGUGCUGACUUUUGGACUUGGAGUGCCGAACUAAGGAGUGGUCGCGAGCCGUGGGUUCAGUGAGUUUUUUUAUGCAUUAGAAAUUCCACCUAUCAUUCGAUUAUCGAGGUUACAACACAGUCAAAAAAGUUUCCGCUGAGCUUUUUUUUAGCGCCUAUGAUGAUUUUUUUUUCUAUAAGAAAUUUAAACAAAUUGAUUGCUACUACUGCUUAAACUCUGCUGUGGUAGUGAACACAGGACCUACCUACUAAGUACCUAGAUGGAAAAAAAAAAAAAUAAUAGACCCACGACAAAGCGACAUGAGUCCUUUGUCAGUUGUCAGAUGAUAACAAUAUUAAUUCAAGUACAAUGUAACAGUCAGUCGAUUCUUGAUUAACUGCUUAGUUACGAGUCUAUUUUAUUAUUAUUAUUAUUAUCAUUAUCAUUAUAAUUAUUGUUAGCGUUAUUGUUAUUGUUAUAAUUCUACUCGUGAAUCGUUUGUCCAAAAUCUCUCAAUCAGAUGACUAAUCAAUUGCCAGGUAUCAUACGGAGCGAGUAUGGUACCUCGUAUUACUCGUUUUUACCGAGCCAACUUUUCGAGCUGUAUCCGUAAUUAAUUUAUUGAAGUGUACAUAUGGAAGAAAAAAUACUCUUAUAUUUUUCUUAGUAAAACAAUUAUCUAUAAUGUUAAUAAUAAUAACGAAAGAUAUGCUAUAAAAGAAAACAAAUAUUAGUAAAUGGUGAAUUUACACAGAAAAUUUAAUGAUACAACUGGAGAAAUUUACAAAAACGAAAAAAAAACAACAAUGAAACAAAACUAGAAACAAUUAACGAAUGAAUGAGAAUAUACAUAACAUAGACAAAAAAAUAAUUGAUAACAUUAUUGUGCAGACAAAGUUGCUCAAUCCUAAAUCUGAAUAUUUAUAAUAAAUAUUUUAUACAAAUCGUUUUCAAAUAAA